CAGCUAGUUCUAAUCAUUGGUGUGAAUUAACUCAUUGGAUAAGUUACAUGAACAAUCUUAAAUUAUUUUUACCAAAAAAUAUAAAAUCAAGAAUAAUAAUUUACGAUUUGGAUUUAAAAGAACAACAUAAAUUUAUACUUGAUAAAUUUAAAUCAAAAAAAAAAAUUAAUGAACUACGAAAAUUUAAUUAUACAAAAUAUCCAGAAUUUUGGAAUAUAAAAAAAAAUAGAACUUCAAGAGGUGAAUAUGGUUGGAAAGUUGGAAUAAUUAAAGAAAUUUCAAUUGAAUUUCCUGGAUUUUUAAUUUGGUCAGAUUCUGGAACUAUUAUUAGUCAAAAAACUUUAGAAAAUCUUCCUAAAAUUCUUAAAUUACAUAAUGGUUUUAUUUCUUCAAAAUCUUCUGGUACCAUGGCUAAGUGGACUCAUCCGGGUGUUUACAAAUAUUUUAAUGUUGAUGGUAAAAAAUAUAAAAAUGUUCAUAAUUGUAAUGCUGCCGUCUUGUUUUUUGAUACAAACAAAACUCAAUAUUUAAUUGACGCUUUAUAUGAAUGUGCUCUUGAAAAAGAAUGCAUAGCACCACGGGGAAGUAAUAGAAAAAAUCAUCGACAAGAUCAAGCUAUAUUGACUUAUCUCAUUACAAAUGAUCACAGAAAAUGUGAAAUAGAUGAAAUAAAUUUGGGUACAAGGGCUCAUGGAUUCGAUACCACCU